GUAAGAAGUUGCGAGUGAGUGGCAUUGAUUCAUCUGAUCAAAAGGAUAAGAAAAAAAGCGCAGAGCAAAACUGAUGAAGACGGAGGAAGAAGAAGAAGAAGAAGAAGAAUGGAGAUCAGCUCGCGAGGUUUUGUUGAUUGUUCUUCCUUAUCUUCCUUCGUUGUUCGAGCUUCUCUCUAUGACUCGCGUUUCGCGAUCGCUCAGAGACGCGAUCAGAGAUGAAACCGCCUUGUGGACAAACAUCGUCGUUGAACCACCGCUGAGCUCUCGUCUUACCGAUGAUAUUCUAUCGGACAUCACUUCCAAAUCCGCCGGUAAGCUCAAGACUCUGAUUCUCCGCCGUUGUCUUAGGGUUACCGACACGGGGCUCCGACGUGUGGUGGAUUCGAAUCCUCUCAUCACUAAGAUAAUUGUGCCGGGAUGCUCGGGAUUGACUCCAGAAGGAAUCAUGGAAUGUGUUGUAAGCUUGUCCAAGAACAAUCAUAAGGUGGAGACACUUCACAUCAAUGGUGUCAAUGGCUUCACUAAACAACAUCUCUCAGCACUUUUGACUUACCUUUCUUCUUCGGAGGGAGCAACGAUCGACCUCGAGGUCUGUCCCAAAUGCGAUGAAAUAAGGAUGAUCCCGGCUUGCUCAAGAGAAUCAUGUAACCUGAAGCAAACAAAUGAACGCAAGUGCCGGGGAUGCUGGCUUUGUAUCCCUAGAUGCGCUGAGUGCUCUGUGUGCCUUGGACCUGACACUGAGAGUCAAGAAGCAGCCUGUGGUAAUGACGACGUUCUGUGUCUUGAGUGCUGGCUUGUGCUUCCCAAGUGCAGGUUCUGUAACAAACCAUACUGCACAAAUCACAGUAGUCGUCGACAUGAGAUUGCAACCACUGAUGCUGCGGCGAGACCUUCGUUUGAAUGUGAAGCUUGUUACUACAGGGCAGGUACAAACCCAUAUGAAGUCGACUAUCAAAUCUAAAAGCUUGGAUUGCAACUUGUUCUCUCUGCAACUUUGUCUAUUUAUUGUAUAUGAAAAGCCUUGGAUUGUGAUAUAUUCAGAGACGUUCAUGGAGUAAAAGUAAAAAAAAGAAAGAGUCAAGCUUUCAUCACAGGAAUUAGUUUACAAUCAUCGAUGAUCUUGAAGCCGAGAACCUACAGGCUACCCUCCAUGAACUUCUUGUUAAAGAAGAUGGUCAACAAAACUGGGUAGACAGCUAGACACAGAGGGAACAAAA